AUGGGAUUAUCGAUGCAUUUUUGCAUGCAUUCGUUGAGACAGAUCAGGCAUGCAGUGCCUGGUGUUGUACCAAAAUAUUGUACUGCAAGAAUACAAUUUCUGUCACAUGUGGAGAGAUGUAGAAAACUGUCAGCUGCCGCUUCAUCUCAAACAGCUGUUGAAAAGGUAUGUAAGAUAUAAAAUGUCUACAUUUUUGCACUGAGAAUGUAAAAUAGAAAUAUUUUUUAUAUUGUUUUCCCCUCACUUUAAAUAAAUUGCAAAAUUUACAGAUUAUUAAAUAUAAAUAUAAUGUAGUUUUGUUUGUCAUGCAGCUGUUAUGGCAUGUAUGCAUGGCAGAUGCAAUUUGUGCAAUUGCAAUACACGCUUCUGGAAAGUACAAUAUCUUGGCUAGUCCCCUUCGCAGCCGCUUUUUGUGUUGAGGUCCAACCCCCCCCUCCACGAGUGGCUGCUCGGCAACGGUCAAUUACAUUUCCUUUGUCUUAUGGCAGCCAAUCAGAUUUAGCGACAUAAAUAUCUAAAUAAAUUUAGCGACAUAAAUAACGUAAUACGUCCAAGCAGGUCAUGUUUCCUAAAUUUAGAAGCAUUACUGUGAUUGGUUGUUUUCAAGAAAGGAAUGUUGUGCUUGAACUAGCUGCCGCUCUUGGGGAGAAACCUCAACACAAAGAGUGGUUGCAAGGGAGACUACAUCUUGGCUAAUAGAUCUGCAUUUUUGUGACUGAGACAUUCAAAGCACUUGUCCAAUCCAUGUAAACUCUAUGCUGAAGAUACCCCAAUAUUAACUAUUUUGUGCACAGAAUGCACCCUGGACCACGUAAGCAUGAAAUUUAUGCACCUAUCAAUGCUAAGCCCCAGUGUGGGGAGGGAUUGGGCAUAUGUGGACAUUUGAUUUUUUGUGUGAAUUUCCGAUCAAAUGCCUUACUCAAUACUGCCAUGCAAAAAAUAUUGGUCAAACGCCCCCACCAUUUUGCAAUAAAUAUUAUCCCGAGCGCCGUGCGAGGGUACUAAUCCCCCCCGGCUAUUUACACCUGGGGAAACGAAAGCAUUUGUGAAGUCUAAAGUUCACCAAUGAUCGCAGGCGUGGCUCACUGUGCGUGGGUGGUCAUCCUCACUGAUCUCAAAAAUAUGACUGUCAUGAAUAGCGGUCACUGAUUGGUCCAGUUUAAAGUUUGCAUUAUAACGACUGGAUGACGACAGCAAAAUAGCAAACAUUUCUUGAUUUGAUGAUUGAUAAAUUUCUUGCAAAUAUAUUUUGCUCGCAUUUUUGCAAGAUUUUGUAAAUUUCAAGAAAGAAGGGGCGAAAGAAUCGGCUAAAAGAAGGGAGCUGACGUUAACGAAGGUAAGUUUGUUUUAAAUAUUAUUUUAUAAUUGCUUUAAAACCCGACGGCCUUUGCGUAUAUGAAACAACUGAAACAAGACAGCAUAUGAUUUCAGUGUAUCUUUAAUAUUGAUUCCCUUUUUUAUUAUAUUGAAUUUUUUAAAUAAAAAAGAAAGCAAACUUAAGUUAUUUGCAUGUGAGAAUUUGAAAUCAUUUUAUUGCAAACUCAAAGUUUAUUGAUAAAGCCAUUUAAUUAAAGGCAGUUUAGCGGUUUUAUAAAGAACACUUUUAAACGUUUUGCGAAUUUUUGGUUGAAUUUUACCUUAAAUUGAAGCUUAUAUUACGUAUAAUAUCAUACCUAACAUAUAUGUGUUGGGAAGUUGAUAAUUUUGUAAUUAAAAGUGAUAUUUUUAGGUGAUUUUUCAUUUGUAAGAAUAUUCUUAAAAAAUUAUCGUGUUACCAUGACAACUACUUUAGAUAACUUCAUGUUCGGAAAAUACAAUGGUUUUGUCAGCAAGGUGAGGGUUUCUGCACACAUGUAUUUUCCAGUAUGUUUAUAACUGAUUUGCUUCAAAUAUCCCUACCUUUGGGCCCAAAAUGGCAAUCAAAUUCCCUAGGGUAGGGAUGGAAUGGAUGAUCAAAUGCCCCACAUAUGCCCGACCCAGGGAUGGAUCCAGCAUGAUUUGGUAGGGGGGUGCUCUGCCAGCUCUGGUGCCGAGUUGUGUCGGUCAUGUGUGCUGCCCGCCCAUCAACUUGCUUCACUACUGCAAAGUCUUGCUUCACUACUGUAUUUGAAUUGUAAUUGUUGUUCACAGUUCGCUUAUCAUCAUGUUAUUAUUCAAAUUACUGUAUCUCAUUUUGCCUCUAAUAUUUUUUGCUUUAUCAUGAAAAAUAGCACACCCCCCCUGCACCCCCUCUGGCCAGGGCUAGGGGGGUGCACACACACCCAGUAAAUCCAUCCCUGCCCCUCCCCCCCUCCCUGGGGCUUAACAUUGAUCUAGGUGCAUUAUUAUCGGAUCACAUCUUACAUCAUUGUAUUUGAUGUAGCGGAUGCAUGAUUUCAAAUAUAUCACGGGGUAAACGGGGUGGUUUGACCUUAUAUCAUCCGGGUGAUAUAUUUGCGUAAACUACACACUUCGAUCACACAAACAAGAUAGCCAACAAGAUAUCCUAAGGAGUGAUGAAUUAUUAAGUUUUCAAACUUCAAAGAAAUUACCUAUUUUUUUAAAUUAUGAAGCAAAUUUUGAAAAAUUUAUCAAUAUUCCGAAUGAUUAAUGUGUGUUAAUAAACAAUAAAACAUUGACAUAUAUUGUAAUACCAUCCACAAAGGUAUAUGUCGUAUAUGGAAAGAUUAUUAUUCUCAACUUGGGGGCUUUUAAUUUUCGGUAUAAUAUAUCAUUUAUAGACCCUCCGCUCAGGGGAUUUGGCGAAAUAUUUUGAAGAAUCCCCCUUGCUCCAGGUCGUAUACAAAAUAAUGAAAAAUCCCCCUUGCUCCAGGUCAUAUAAUGAAUGUCAUAUACACCAAAACGAGUCUCUGCAGCCAGGGUGUAUUAGAUUUAACCCAUUAUAAUUUAAGCUGUAACAUGCGUUUAUGCACAUCACUUAGUUAUUUUGCUUGGAUCUACCUUUUGGUCAUUUUACUUGUCAAGAAUAAAUUAUAGGAUUAUUAUUGAUUUGAGGACACUUUUCAGCAGUUUGGUGUGAAUAUUGCUAAUAUAAAUUAUGUUUCUGAAUUUGGAAUAUUGGGGAUAUAUAGAACUAACAAAGACAACUUUUAUAAAUUGCAUUAAUUUAUACCAAGAACCAAACUACCUUACGUUAACAUAUGUGAACAGAAUUUGAUCGCAAAUUCGCGAAAAUAUACAGCGAAAAUACAGCGACUUUUUCGAUAAAAUAUACGAAAUUUGAAAUGGAAAACCUGCUAAACAGAGAGCCAAAGUAGUUUUGAAGAUUCUCGACCUGAAUAUGUGAAGAUUGCGAAGCGUUUGAUCAACUUUGAAGCAAGAGAUGUUGUACUUGCAUGCCAUGGUCUAAUGAAUUUCAACGCUACGCGUUGCUAUACUUGCUGAAUAGCAAUGUAUCGAUCAGAAAUUUAUUCAUACAACUAAACUAACGUCACAAUGAAACUUUACAAUGCGAGUAUAUUUGUAAAAUUAUGUGCAAGAAUUUCUGUUCAGAAUUUCCCGUGCAGGAUUGUCUGAUCCUGCACGGCUGUUGACCAAUCAAAUUGCGUGUUUCACUGUAGUUAUUAUAUAAAGUAUUUUCAUGUAUGGCAGGACGUAAUUUGGGACUUUAUUAGUCCUGUUGUCUGUGCCUUCAAUUUCUUAUUAGUCCUGUUGUCUGUGCCUUCAAUUUCUUAUUGUAAAACUAAUAAAAAAAUUUUAAAAAGUGCCUGUUGCAAAAAAAGAGUGUAUAUAAUGAGUAUGUUGUGACAUGUACAGUACAGAAACAUAUAUUAUUGUAUGAUGAUGACAAUUACGUUAUAUGAGUGUGAGUUGUGUUAUUUGGUACAAUAUUUUUACAGUCUCAAAAUUAUUGGGGGGGGGGAGGUCGCCCCCCCCCCCACCAGUGUCCGCCACUGUUUAGCACCCUCUAGUCAUUAUGCACUUGGGCAUGCAGCUCAUACACUAAAUUGUUGAAACAUUGGGUUGUGAAUGGCUGAAUGCAACUCAUAAAGGAUGGUGGCAUUCAUUUACUAAACUGUUUAUUAGUGACAAUGUGCUCAGAUGUGCCCUACUUCAUUAUUAUUGCUCUGUCUAAUACUUACAAACAUCAGACAAUUUUAUUUGUCAAGGAGAGACUGCUGGGCCUCAUUGGAUUAAACCAGAUUAGCGGGAAAUGCAUGUAAGAGCAAUGGACAUUGAUUUUUUUAUGGCGGCUAGGUGUCAUUUUAAAAUUUUGAUGCCAAUGUUGGUAUAGUGAAAAUACCGUUUGCAGGCUUGGGUUUAGGAUACCGGUACAACUAAUACCUGAACAAAAUUGAUAAACCCAACUGGAAUAUAUGACAAUUAACAGCUAGUGACCCAUUGAUGUCAGCACUUUUCCCUUGACAAGUAAAAUAAUCUGGCGUUCAUUAGAGUUAAAUAAUGAAAUAGAGUGUAUUGGAGCACAUUGUAACUUAAUGGGUUAACUAGACCCGUAGGCAAAUAGUCUGAUUAACCAUAUUACGGUCUGGUACUUCUUUGUUUUCAGCGACGUACCACGUAGGUAUGCGCGGAACUCUUGCUAUCUGCGUACCUACUUUUUGCUGGUACCGUGUGACCUUUCCAAGUCCAAGGUAUUCAAAACCGUAAUUUAAUUGGCAUAUUGUGUGUCUGAGAUGUUUGGCUUGAAACAUGAUUGGACUGAUGGCACGUAGUACCUACCAUAGAAACGUUGGAGUCGACUGUUUGUAUAUGCAAUUGUUCUUCUUUUUCUACCUCGUAGUCUGGAUGCACUUUUCAGAAACCUGUACUUUAUGAACCUAAUUUUAAUGACUAAGUACACACAUUUUAAGUAUUGAGUUCGUGCAAGUAUUGCGGCAAAACCAUUGGCGUGCCAUGCAGUCACGUACGUAUGACUAAAAAUAUCGAAUUAUCGCACCUUGGAUUAACCCAAUUUGAAUGCCAGCACUCUUGCCUUGAAAAAUAAAGUAGGGCACAAUGCAAUAUAUAAUGGGUUAACUAGACACAUGGCAGAUUAACCCACUGAGUGCCAGCUGCACUUUCUCUUUGAAGAAUAAAAUUGCCUGGCGUUACACAGAGUAAAAUAAUAAAGUACAGCAAUAUAAUUGGUUAACUAAACAGUAAACACAUGGGCAGAUAGUCUGAUUAACCCAAUUUGAACGCCAGCACUUUCUCCUUGGAGAGUAAAAUCGCAUGGCGUUACACAGAGUAAAAUAAUAAUUAAAGUAUAGAGUACAAUGAAAUAUAAUGGGUUAACUACGCACAUGGGUAGAUAGUCUGAUUAACUAGACACAUAGUCUGAUUAACACAAUAAGAACGCCAGCACUCUCUCCAUGAUGAGUAAAAUCACCGGCAGUAAAAUAAUAACGUAAACUGCCAGGAUAAGACAAUCACGAUUCAUGACACAACAACAUUGUACAGCAAUAGAAAACAAAGUGUAAUAGAUUAUUAAAUGCCUACAGGAUUUAAUUAGACCUUCACCUUAUUCUAUUUACAAUGGAAAGCCAAUGAAUGAAUUAAUUAAUUUAUAACAGGAAUUACAAUAAGUGAAUCAAACGCAAGCCUGAUUAGAUUUGUUAUUCCUUAUGCGAAAACCGUAACAUUCCAGACCUCAUUUUUUAUAAGAACUUGCAAAACGUGGAACAUAUUAAAUAGUAACUUGCGUACUAGAGAUAUAAGUUUGCUAUCUUUUAAAUCAGGUCUUAAACUCUACGACAAACAUGCACUGUCCAAAACUUUCAAAUGUGACGAUCCGCGCACCUGGAAAUCAGUGUGUGUAAAGUGCAAAAGAGCCAGAUCGCUUAACAAUGUAAUAAGUUGUUGUUAGCAGGCUUUUAGCCAGGGUCCUAAAAGAGUGCGUCCCAUUUUGGUAUAUUACAAUACAUCCACAGUAAAAAGGGGUUCGAGAAAACGUUCCUCUGAAAAACCUUUGAAGUUUACGUUACUUCAUGUCAGUAUCUGUUCCAAGUUCGAAAUUUUUCAAACACACUUGGCUUUGUGACUUUGUGCCGCUAUGCUUCUUUACUUAAUUAUGACAUUUUCAUUCAGCCAGGUACACCAUCAAAUUGAUCAAAAUGUCAAAUGUAUAAUAAUAAUGAGAAUUGAAGCUAUUUCGUUUCAGAUAUAUUAAUAUACUUACGGAAAUAAUUGAAAAUAAUUUCCCUUUCCCCCCAGAAUUUGGGCGUCCAAAGGCGUCUAUUUUUCGUUCUAUGGGCGUUCCAGGAAGCCUGGACGCCCUUCUGGCCAAAAUCCUGGUUGUUAGUCCGGAACAUGGACAGUAUAGAUUUUCGUUAUUAGCCUUAUCAGUUUUAGAUUGUUAAGUUGCUUUGAAAAUUUGUUUUGUACAGUAAUUUAAUUCUUGUUUAUAUGGGAUCCCCGUAAUUGGGGAAACCUGUGGCGAAUUCCCUGGCUCUAUAUCUUGUAUUUAAAUAGUAGCCGAAUCUUAUUAAAUCAUUAAUAUAAUUAUACAACUCCUACUUUUCAGUUUUUAAACAGUGACAAUUAGUAUUCUAGGGCCUGUAUGUUUUAGACAUCGAUUUCACUUGUUCCGAUCAGAUAAUUUGUAAAAUAGUCCACCAAAAUUAAAAAAAAUAUCUGUGCAUGGGUACGUAGAGGGGGUUGGACAGGUACCUGGAUCUCACGUGGUCUAACCUGAAGUUCAGGCCCUAAUUUGAAAUAGGGCCUGACACAAAACCUGUCUAGACCGUGGGACGCCCACAUGUUAUUUUUAGAUACACAUGCAAUAUGAUUGACAAGUGUUGUAGAUUUCGUUACACAAAAAAAUUAUAUUCUCAUGAACAUGUCCGCAGAGCAUUUUGCUUUUUAAUUAAACUUAAAAAUUCAAGGUACUUUUAUAUAAUUAAGAGUCAGUUUCUCUAUUUAACCGAACAGGCGAACAGCAAACAAAGAUUUAAUUAGUCAGUUCUGUGUACGGAUUGACUGCCAAGCUUUCUCAAGGUCUCAACUCGCUGGACGCGGAUAUACUCUAACGACUAACGGGCUAAUAACAGCAACAAUUAAAUUCUCAAUCAUACCACGAAGAAGGCGAUGUAGCUCAGAAAACAACGCCGGUAGGACCUGAUAUUAGAAAUAAGACUUUUGCCGGCGAAGCAAUUUGGCAGAACAUCUUGGCUGUCAACAACAAGCUUUCGAAUACAUGACUAGUUUGGCUGUUCUUUCAGCGUCGUGUGUGUCCAAAAUUCGUCAAAGAUUUUGAUGAAGCCCUUUCAAAAUACUGUUUGUUUGAUUUAUUUUCUGCCAAAAAGCAUAAAAGAAAAGAAAUUCGAAGAAAUCGAUAAUGGAAUUUGUUACGUGCGUUUGACCUUUAUAUUAAUUCUCGCCUUGACCGAGCUAUUUUUAAAACUGUUGUUUAUGUGAACUUGCAACCAAUCAAAAUCCUUCAUGAUGCUGAUCAACCAAUCAGAUUUCCCGUCCACCAGGUGGACGGGAAUCCCACACUUUAGAUAGGUUUUGUGUCAGGCCCUAUUCUGUGAUAGGGCCUGAACUUCAGGUUACACGUGGUCCUGCACGCAUGAGCAGAACCCUAAUAACACAUUCUAGUGUGCGAAUAGACAACUUGCAUGUUAGACUAGUUUUUUAUCUAGGCAAAAAAGUAAAUUCCCGUAAAGAACUUAUUAAAAUUAGUAAAAUUGCAAAAUUUGGUUACGAAAUGUUAUAAAAUACGGUAAAUAUACGCCUUGAGCCGAAAAUGGUAACAAUUUCCGCAGGUAAUACAAACAUAUACAAAAUUUGCAAACUUUCCAAGACUAUAUUUUCCAAGCUUUACAACAUUUCGCAACCACAUUUUGCAAUUUUACUAAUUUCAUUAUGUUCUUUUUAGCUGCGGUGUUUGAUUCCCUUCUCUUUACUUAGAUUAAGAUUUAGUCUAACAUGCAAGUUGUCCAUUGCAUCAUAAAUCUGUUGAAUUAUUCAACAUUUGCUAUUAAUGUUUUCAGCCAUACAAUGAUACUAAAGGCGUUGAACGAGUCGAAGUUUUGUUAAUCAAGAAUUUACUCGCGGUCGACAAGCUUGAACAAGGCAAAGACCUAGUAACCAAAGCAACCAGUUCAAAUAUUGCCGUGGUAGAAAAACAACCUUGUAUGUUGGAAAACAGACACUGCAAAUAUAAGUUCGUUUCGCAGGAUAUAUUAUUGGGUCCAAGACAUGCUGCAAAACAAGGAGAAAUUUUAAAAGAACAUUCAAAUCUGAUUGGAAUUACUCAUGAGAUCUGGUAUUGUACAAAAAUAGAUGAUAUGUGUCCAAAGACACCUUUGAAAGGGGGUAUUGUCGAGUUUAGUGUAAUGGACGGAGUGCAGUGUAGUAAAAUGAAAGAUAUGUCAGUCUUUGAGAGGGCGACAAGAAGUGGACCUUCUUCAGAACAACUUUCACUUGUCUUAUUGAGACUACGAGAGGAGGUGAGUUGCAUGAAAUGUUUUAUUGUACCAUAACCCUACUAGCUGUACCUAUAAACAAAUUAUUUGUUUGGGUGGGGGGAGGGGUAAGUCAUCAAAUUUUUCGGAAAUCGUACCAUUAAAAAGGUCUGCUUUUGACAGGCAAAGACAGAAUGAGUUAAACAUAGGAAAAAGUUCAUUAAUGCGAGGUGGACUUCUGUACUUUCAUCUUCCUACCCCGGCCACACCAAAAGGUCGAUUCGCUUCUCUCAGUUCCUUCGCAUUUGCAGUGAAGAACUUCCAACGUUUGACUUCCAACUCCAAGUUGUCCACCAUGGCUAUCCCACUUCUCUACUAGACGCUGCCUUUCCGAAGGCCUCCCAAAUUCUCCGAUUUGAGACCCUUACAGUUACAGACCCUGUUUCCAAUGUCACAGGUAACAACAAAAUGAAACAUCAAUAUAGCUUUAUGCUUUUCCGGCGUGUUGAAAGAUUAUCCCAGCCCAGCUUACUAAUCAAAUGCCGUUGAGGCCGACUCACGGAUAAGAUCAAAUGAAAAUUUGCAGUUGCUUUUGCAAACCGGGCACCGUGCGAAUUUUGCCAUCUUCACCCAUUUGUUGUGCUUCAUUUGCCAAAUCAAAAGAACGAACGCAUGAUCCAGCCCGAUUUUCGGUUCUGAAUAGCUCGAUUUGUAGGCAAACUGUGCGCGCAAAGCAGGCUGGUCAUUUCCUAUUGUUUAAGUUUAACUGCCCCACACUCUGACUCACCCUACACUCAAAUAACCACAAAGACUUACAGAUGUUGCUUCGCAACAUCCGUGAGUCAAAAAGGUACCUGGAACUAGCAUCAUAUCGAUAUUUGUUGAUGAUUCUCGCUGCCCUAUUUUGCAAUUUUUACAAUUUAUCAAUUAACGUAAUAUUUAAACCAUCCCAAAUGAGCUACAAUAAUCAAAAUACGGUUGAAUUAAUGCAUUUUUCAAAGCCAAAAGUCUGAAAAUGAGACACUGGAGUCAGGUUGCCAAAUGCAAAACCUGUGAUUUUAAUUAUAGAUUCUGCCACCAUUAUUUCCGCACCAAUGUCUCAAUACCAUGUGAAGCACCAUUUCACGUGUACUUCCUCCCAUCCCACUUACUGCAUGAGGUCUUCUGCAUCUCAUGCAGUAGAUGUGGCAUGCUUUAUAUUGGAAGAACUGGAAGACCUUUGAGGACAAGGUUUGGUGAGCAAUGACGUGCCGAUCAUUGGCAAUGAUGCUAACCAGCCCAGUGUUGCCAGACACUUUAAUGCUGGCACACUUCAGAUAUGGAAAUUCGAGCCCUCUGUCCCAUUUCUGGAAGCAACAAAAGACACGAAAUGCGCCUUAUACGCCUCCAAACUUGGCACCGUCCACCCCAUAGAAGUAGUGGAUAUAGAAUGCGUACUUGAUCACGAAUCAUGUCUCCCCUUUUUCUCAUGCGUGCCCUUAUAAAUCCGCCAUGUUGAAUUUGACCAGGAGUGCAAACUACAAUAAUAAAAGUAAUUGUGUACGUUUAAAAAGAUUAUUGAACUCAAAUAUAAUAUAAUAUAAAUUAACAUUUAUAUUAUAAAAGAGUUAGAACAUACCUAUUGAGUUUGAGUAUGUCUUGAUUUUUAGUGUAAAGUUUCACUUUACACUGUUGCGAUGGCUGGCGAAUUCACACGAAUCAGUCAUGCAUUCAUUCAUUCAGUCAUUCAGUCAUAGAGUAAACUUUUCGGGGGGUGCAUACGAUUUAUGUUUGUAAGUGAUUUAUUGUACUUAAUCAGUGUUUUGAAGGUUAUUUAGGCAAUUUCAGUUGUCUUACUUUAAUAUUCUUUUGUACUUUUGCCAAGUUCACAAAUAUUUCCGAGGAAUCGUUGUCGUUAUUGUAAUUUUUUGUAAAUUUUAGAACAUUCGCUUCUCAUGUUGUGAAGGAUCUUUUUCCCGGAACACCCGAUUUUUUCCUUAGCCGCUCAAAUGCGCAUGCGCUAUCAAGCCUUAGAUCAACGAUGGCGUGACGAUGCGACGAAGGAGCGACACCUCUCUCCUCCGCAGAGGUUUCGGUGUUAUCGAAGAAAGCGGGAAACCUCUGCCAGAAGUCACGCCCAAUAGUUCAAAAUACCGGGGGGAAGGAGGAGUUUGUGAGAAAUUUGUUAAUUGUUAUUGUUACAUGUAAUUGUUAAUUUGUUAUUCUCAAAACUGUCAAAAGUGUUUAUAUCUAUGUACGACGCAAUUUUAGUAGAAAAACUCGACCUAAAACACUCUUGUUUUGGAAAAGCGUUAUUGUUAGAAUGGAGGAAUGGGAAAACGUGUUGUCAUGCUUGUUUUACAGAAUAUGGGAAAAUCGAAAUAUUUUUUAGGAAAUGGACCUUAUGUCCAUUACAGAUCGCUUCAUCGGCGAUCGGAUUUCAGCGAAGAAACAACGGUUAAAAAAGGAGUAG